GUUCUCCGAGGAGGAGGAAGCGUCUAGGGUGGGGGAGGGGAAUCUGGUGUUCGCGGAGGGGGGUGCCUUUCAUCGGCCGUUAAGCCAUAAAAACAAAAAAGCAAAGAGCGAGAAGCCAAAGUCUCCAGGGGCUCACAGGAAAUCUCUCACACCACACAUUUUACUAAACGUUGGAAAAGCUCCUUAAGGCUACCCGUUCCUGGGUGGGAAUUGGCCUCAGGGCGAGUGCAAGGAGGAAGAAGAGGAGGUCACAGACAUGAGAAAGAGAAUCUCAAGGAGCCACUUGUUCUGCCACUGACAAGAAUUAGGUGUGGAGCAGGAAACAAAGCACUUAGACACCCAAAAGGCAGAAAAGAAGCCAGCCAAUGACAGAGGAAAAAACAUCCAGCCUCUCAGGAUCUUGAUGUUUGAGAAUUCCUGACCAUAUGAAAAAAAAGGAGUGAGUUUCCCAUCAGCAGAAAUACAUUCACACAUAUCUUAGAGUUGAAGAAAAAGAAGAGACCGCUGGCGGGGGAAGCAAAAGAGCAUGGAACAGGAAAACAGCAUAACUAUGAAUAAUACUUUUUCACAUGAAAAAAUCCUGACCAAAAAAACCCCAUUUAAAUGUCUACAGGAUGGAGAGAGCUUUUGUAACCUAAGUGCACAUCAAAGAACUCACAAAGGGGAGAAACCAAAUGAAUGCAUGGAAUGUGGAAAGAGCUUCAGUCACAGUAGUGCCCUAAGUAAACAUCUACGGACUCACACAGGGGAGAAACCUUAUAAAUGCAUGGAAUGUGGAAAGAGCUUCAGUAUAAGUAGUGGCCUUAUUAUACAUCAAAGAACUCACACGGGGGAGAAGCCAUAUGAAUGCAUGGAAUGUGGAAAAAGCUUCAGCCAAAGUAGUAUCCUCAGUAGACAUGAAACAAUUCACACAGGAGACAAACAUUAUAAAUGCAUGAACUGUGGAAAGAGCUUUAAAAAUAGCAGUGCCCUGAGUAAACAUCAAAAAAUUCACAAAGGUGAGAAACCAUAUAAAUGCGCACAAUGUGGAAAAGAUUUCAGUAACAGCAGUAGCCUUCAUAUACAUCAAAGAACACACACAGGGGAAAAACCACAUAAAUGCAUGAAAUGUGGAAAGAGCUUCAGUGAGAAAAAUACCCUUAGUUUACAUCUACGAACUCACACAGGGGAGAAACCAUAUAAAUGUAUGGAAUGUGGAAAAACCUUCAGUUGCAACAGUAGCUUUCAUUCACAUCAAAGAGUUCACACUGGGGAGAAACCAUAUAAAUGCAUGGUAUGUGGAAAGAGUUUCAGUGGCAGCAGUUACCUUAGUUUACAUCAAAGAAUUCACACUGGGGAAAAACCAUAUGAAUGCAUGGAAUGUGGGAAGAGUUUUUGUGACAGUGGAUCAUAUGCUAAACAUCAAAGAACCCACACUGGGGAGAAACCAUAUAAAUGCAUGGAAUGUGGAAAGAGUUUUAGCCAAACUAGUAUCCUCGAUAGACAUCUAAGAACUCACACAGGGGAAAAACCACAUAAAUGCAUGAAAUGUGGAAAGAGCUUCAGUGAGAGUACACUUAGUUCACAUCAAAGAACCCACACAGACGAAAAACCAUAUGAAUGCAUGGAAUGUGGAAAGAGUUUCAGAGACAGAAAGAUUCUUGUUUCACAUCAAAGAACUCACACAUUGGACAAACCAUAUGAAUGUAUGGAAUGUGGAAAGUGUUUCAGACACAGCAGUAGUCUCAGGUUACAUCAAAGAACACACACUGGGGAGAAACCAUAUAAAUGCAUGGAAUGUGGAAAGAGUUUUAGCCAAACUAGUAUCCUCGAUAGACAUCUAAGAACUCACACAGGGGAAAAACCACAUAAAUGCAUGAAAUGUGGAAAGUACUUCAGUCGCAGCCAUCACCUCAGGAGUCAUCAAAGAAGCCACAUAGGAGAAACCAUAUAACUGCAUGGAAUGAGCUGCAGUUUCAUCAGUAGCCUUUGUUUACAUCAACGAACUCGUACAGAGGAGAAAGUCUUACUGGACAUGAAACAGUUCCAGGGGCAAAACCAUACAUGAUAAAAGGAAUGUGAAAAGAGUUACAGUACUAGUGAAAACCUUAUUUAAUACCAAAGAGUGACUGUUAUUUCUCAUAUAUGGAACAUGCUGAUGUUU